ACGACCACGUUCUCCAAGGCGCCAUGAUGCGGGGAAACGGGAACCUCCUCUGGAUCCUGAGAUUCAAAGUACAAUUGCUAGACUUGGUAAGAGCGUGGCGGUCAUGGAAGAGCACUACGCAGCGGUACGCGAGAAGAAGGAAGCUAAGAGGAAGAAGAAAUUGGAUCAUGAGGAGGAGGAGCGGCGAGCCGAGGAAGAGAGAGCUCGACUGGAGGAGCAACGUGCUAAAGCGGAGAAGAAGGCGUUGAGGAAGAAGUUGGAGAAGCAAAAAGCGGAUGAGAUGCGGGCUGAGAUGCAGAAGGACAUGCAUAUUCAACUGGCGAUACAGGUUAGUGAACUGGAGGACCACCUAGUUCAACGUGUACAUCAAGUGAUUGCACCGGCGCCUCCACCCAAUCUCGAACGUGGGAAGAAGAAGGUUACUUACGUGUCGGAGGAGGUACCAUCGAGCACUGAGGAAGGUAGUGACACGAGUGUCACGCAGGAAUUGAGCGUGAAGACUCAACGUUUGGCGAUCUCCGAAAAAAGGAAGCGUGGACCUGAGCCAGUUUUCGAGGAAGUCAGCCCUCCGAUGGAAUUGCCCGCCAAGAGGACGCCCCAGCGCGGCAUACUCAAGCCAGUCAAACUCUCUGGCCGUUUGACCAGGUCAAAGUCCAAGAAAGCUGGAGGUGGUCUUACCCCGACUUCAACAAAGAAGAAGAUCGCUACGCCUUUGUCCAAGAGAAGAACUCCGACGAGUGCGAAGACUCCGGUGUUGACUCCUUCCGCGAAGUCCUCCCUGGAACGUAUGUGUUAUCGUGACAGUAUUCUGCGGGAGCUCAAGGAUUUGGACGCUACGGAAUUGCAGCACAUCUGUCGCGAGGAAGGUAUUCACUACGAUAAGAAGGUUGACGCUAUAUUCGAUAUAGCGGAUCACCGCACCGAGGUUGCUUUCUCCAAUCCUUCAACGGUUGCUGAGGAGGUUAUUCGGAUUGCCGAUUCGGAGGGCACGGCCGCUGGCUUGGAGGAAACGCCCGCCGUCGAUGAAUGAAGAGCUCCUUCCAUAUCUCAGUUAUGGAAGCUUUGCCGG